AUAUGAGUUGGCUCUUGGCCCAUCUGGCUCAUGGGCUGGGAUCAAUACAGGUUUUGGACAUCAAUUUUGGACAUCCCUAUCAAAAAUACAUCUAUUCUUACCAACUGUGGCAUCCAACCAAUUGCAAAAUUUUGAUGAUGAACAUUUUGAGCAUUUUGGUAAACCUAUAGUUG